AAAAUCUGAAAAAGAAACAAUAAAAAAUAAAACUUUUAACAUAAUAGAAUAAAAUCUAAUUUAACUUAAUUAAAAUCUUUGGAUAGAAGCAUAAAAAAAUUUAAAGAUUGAUAAAAAAAUAAUUUAACAUUUAUGGUUGGAAAAGCCUUACAAAAAUAAAAUGGGCAAAAAAACAAAUUGAAAUAAUGUUACUAGAAUAAAACAAACUUGAUUUCAUUGACAUUCAAUAGCUAUAAAAUAAAAAAAAUAAAAGAUUGAUAAAAUAUUAUUAUUAAAAGAUUUUUGGUAAAAAAAUUUAAAAAAGAAACGCUUUGGUGGCUGGUUAAAAAUUUAGUAGGAGGAGGGUGGGAACUUGAACUCACCAUUUUUAACUCUAUUUAUUUAAAACUUCAAACUUCUCUCAAAACAUGAUGAAAAUCUGUGCAUCCGAAAACAUUUUCUGUAACUUAUUUUCUUCCCUUUGAUUUAUUUUUUCAUAGUGUCUGCUCAAAGUUCAAUGCUACAGGUGCUAUGUAUAAACUGUUUAUGCUGACUUUUGUCGAUUGAUAUUGAUACAUACCACUGUUCUGCAAUGUUCAAUAAAUAUUUCUGAAAAAUCUGACCAUAGACGAUCUUUGAGGCGGACCGACUGUGGAGCCCGGACAGAGGAAACGUUUCUGUCGGAGCAUAUUCGGCGACACGCCAUCACUUCCGUGUUGUUAGCAAACCGCUGGCGGCAGCUGUGAACCGUUUACUUUAACAGCAGCUAAAGAAGCUCAUUUUUUUAAAUUUUGAAUAUCGUUUCAGUGCUGAGAGAGUGACGUAUGUUGUUGCUAACCAGCUGCUAAGCUAACACGCUGCUAAGCUAACACGCUGCUAAGCUAACACGCUCAGAGCCGAGCAUGAUUUAACUUUAAGUUUCGUUUCUGAAGUUCUGUUAGCAUGGAGGUUAGCGGGGAAACUGUGAGCAUGGCUCCAGCAGAAGACCUCCAACAUCUCACACAGGAGGAGGUGAUGGAGGAGGAGGAGGAGGAGGAGCAGGUGGAGGAGGAGCAGGUGGAGGAGGAGGAGGAGCAGGAGGAGGAGCAGCAGGAGGAGAAGAAGAAGGAGAAGGAUGAGUUCGAGGGGCUGCUGGAGGAGGAGCUGGAGCUGGAGCUAGCUAAGAUGAAAGUUGAAGACCCGCAGCAGAAGGCUCAGGCUGUGCAGACCGACAGCACGACAGAGGAGACGGCUGUCAACACGGAGCCGGACUGGGAGAGCCAGGUGUCGGCCAUGUUGGAUCACAGCACCAUCCUGUCGGAGCAGUACGACAGCCUGAUGAAGAAGCAGGGCGAGGAGGAGGUGGCACACGAGAAACACAAACUACAACUGCUGAAGAAGAAGGAGGAGGCCACCCAGCAGCACCAGGCUCUUCUGGACAAACUGGAGUCUCUGCGAGUCAAACUGCAGCUGAACAACUCUAAAGCCGCCAGGAAGAACUUCUUAUCCAAAAAACAAGAGAUGACGUCAGAGAAGAACCGAGCAGAGGACGACAGGAACAGGCUGGCCAAGGAGCUGGAGGAGAGCGAGAGGAAGCUGACGGCGCUGACGGAGGAGCAGAGCGAGGAGCAGCGGCGGUGGCAGGUGGAGCUGGAGGAGCUGAGGCAGGAGAUGGAGCGGGUGAGGAAGGAGGCGCAGGAGGUGGAGCUGCAGGCCUUAAAGGACGAGAUCGCCGCCGUGGAGAAGCAGAGGGACGUCGCCAUGACUCGCAUCGAGGCGUGGCUCAGAGAGGUGGAGCAGUACCUGAACACCCUCAGGGUGGAGUUCCCUCAGCAGUUCCCUCACGAGAGGCAGAAGUGGGAGAAGAAGGAAGGCGUGGUCCGGAGGAACCAGGCCGAGCUCCAGAGCCGCUUCCAGGAGGUUCUGCAGCAGCUGCAGCAGGGUUGCGAGUUAGAGUCCCUCCCCAGGAUCAACGUGCCGUCUCUGCCGCAGGUCCCCGUGGCCGACCUGAGGUUCAACCAGGUGAUGCAGUCGCUGGCUCAUCCACAGUUCAUGCCCCCUCCCAACCCGGUGCCCCGCCCCCUCCCUCCACAGAGACACCCGCACUAUUACCAGGAACAGUACCACCGCCCCCAGUACCGCCAGCGCUACCCCCACCCACGACACCACCCACCCCACGAACAUUACUUCCAGCCCUCCCCACCCCCGCAGCACCAGUUGCAGACGCCCCAGCCUCAGUUCCAGCCCCACAUCAGAGCACCAGUGAGGGUGACCCCCCCUCUCAGUCUCUCCCCCUCGCCCCCUGUUCAACCUCUCCACCCUGUGGUUCCUUCCCCACCUCCCCCCGCUGCUGCUGCCGCCACCUCUGCCCCCACCGGCAAACUAGACAAAGUCCUGGAGAAGCUCGGGGCUCGGUUCCCACAAUGCAACAGGGCCCAGCUGACGUCGCUGCUGCAGCAGGUGAAGAGCUCGCGCGGCACCUUGGCCGGCAUGUCCAUGGAGGAGGUCAUCGAGCAGGUCGGCCUCAAGCUGGCUCAGAACGAGAGGCUGGCCCCGGGGCCCAUCAGCCGGCCCAUGCCCCCGGGUCCCAUCCAGAGGCCGACCCCUCCCCCGCAGAGAGCUUCGCCUGGCGGCGGUCAGGGCGGCGGGGUCCGUAAACUGUGCCUGAUGUGCCAGAACCUGGUGGAUCCAGAGAGCCGCCACCCGCUGAACUGCGCCCACACCAUCCACAAAGACUGCAUCCGCAUGUGGCUGCAGUCCAGCAAGAACAACUCCUGCCCCUUCUGCCCGGGGCAGUGACGCAGGAGCCCAGGUGGUGAACCAGGUAUCACUCCGCUGGAUGUGUCGGGACAGGUACAGGUGGCGCCCCCUGCUGGCUAACAACAAUAACAACAACCAUCAACCCUCUGAUUCCACCCACAGUAGUGUCUCCAGAAACAACGCCCCUACAGCGGCACCCGUACCGGGCCUUGGUUGUCAUGGUUACAUGUCUCGGUUAGGUUUAAGAAAAGGUCGUGUUUAAAAUAAGAACUUCCUCAAUAUCACACAGUCGCCGUUGUCAUGGUUACGAUAUAAACAGAUGGUUUCACAUGGGAAUCGAACACUGCUCUCCUGUGUCCUGGUGAGAGAGCCUGCUAGCAACAUGCUAAUGUUAGCACGUGCUAAGGUGCCAGGUAUCUUUUGAAAUGUUUCAGUUCUUUAAGUUCGACUCAUGGAAACAUGAUGUACUGGUUCAUUAUGUCUGUAAAACACUUUGUAUUUCUGUAAGGAAGCUGCUUUAUAAAUAAAGUUUGUUUGAAUUAUA